UCUCCGCGGCCCUCCCACACCCCCGUCGCACUGUCGCACCUGCGAGUGCCUGCGAGAGAUCCGUCAAGCGGGCCCGUAAGGUUAUGUCGCCGUGUUUAUACGCGCCGUGAUCCUCUCGCGAUCGGAUUCUCUGUACCCGUCCCCUCGCGCCCAGCGCCCAGCCCGACCCCCAUCGCCUCGGCGAAAUAUGAGAAGGACACACGUCGGGACAUCGACUGGGACAUCGGCCGGACAAUCGGCAAUAUCGGCAGCCGCGCUACUGCGUCGCGUUCGCGAGUUAAUUGAGUUAAUUCGAUAACAGCAUUAAACGGCCCAAGGACACAGCUGUGUUAUGAGCGUCGGUGUAUCCAUGUACGAUGGAUUGGAAAGCGAGGGUCCACCCGAUAGUGGCCUGGAGGGCCUGGAGAGCACCACAGGUGCUACGAAAAAAUUGGCCAGGGGUAUUUCCCGUGCAACAGAAAAUGCAGCAAUCGUCUCCUACGCUCGUUCACAAUUAGCAGCCCUAGGAACUCCCGACACCCCGGAAUUCACGUUUUCACUGCCAGACUUGUCUGUAUAUCCAGAUUCGUUUCGUAAAUUCUUGGAGAAGGAUCUCAUAGAGAACGGAUGCCUGAAUUCCUUGGAAGCUGCAGGUCGUUUGAACUGGUGGUACAAGAGUGGAAGCACCAGAGUUCUUUGGCCACUUGCAACGUCUGGAGAUGGCAAUUGUCUGCUUCACGCUGCGUCGUUGGGGAUGUGGGGCUUUCAUGACAGAUUACUUACCCUGAGAGAGGCACUGCAUAAUACUUUGACCAAAGGAGAAUACAGACACGCGCUUUUUAGACGAUGGAAAUGGAGACAAACGGGUUUAAAUGCUGCAGCAGGGUUAUCGUAUACGGAAGCGGAAUGGUUAUCGGAAUGGCAAAGUAUAGUGGACAUGGCCUCUCCGACAAUCAGAAAUCAGACUGCUACCUCUUACCAGAGCCUUGAAGAAAUACACGUCUUAACCUUGGCCCAUGUCUUAAAAAGGCCUAUAAUAGUUAUAGCGGAAACUAUGCUGAAGGAUGCGGACGGAGUAGCUUUAGCGCCGAUCCCAUUCGGUGGAGUGUAUUUACCCUUGGAAGUACCGCCUACGCAUUGUCAUCGAACACCCUUACUCUUGGCAUAUCAUUCUGCUCACUUCUCCCCGCUUGUAACUGUAGACGGGUGCAAUGAUUAUGGUAGCGCUUGCGGCGAAGGAGUUAGCAUACCAUUAGUGGAUCCAGACACGGGCAAAUUGUUGUCAGUCUUAUUUGCCGUCGAUCCUGGUCCUGAUUGGGAUUGGAUUGAUGGUUCACGAGAAUUGUUAACUUGUACGCAGGAUACCAUGGAAAUUUUACUGCGACAGUAUUUAGACUGUGAGUAUCAAAGUUUCACAUCCGAAGAUAUUGAUAGGCUUUCCGACACGGAUGGUCCUUUGUCAAAGACUGCGAAGCAAUUGUUAGAGGUCGCGAAACAAUUCGGUUCUAUCGGUAAAUCUGUCAGUAAAAAACUAUUAUCUAUGACGAAUAAAAGGCCAAAGAGUCCACCUUCCACGAACGGUGGAAUUUCCACAGAAGGUUUGUUGUGCGUGAGGAUAAAGAGUAGACGUCAUCAGUAUGUGGAUCAAAUGCUGCAAAAUUAUCUUCAAUGUGCCCAUGCAAGAUACCUACAAGAUCAUCAGGUGGAUGACACGGGUAGUGAACUGAAUUACGGUGCCGGAAGGUCCAAAUUUUACGCUGCCAGUGAUCGCGGUAGUCAUGCGAGCGUUAGCAAACUAUUACCCACUAACACAAACAAAGAUCAUACGCUUUAUCUUUCGAGGUCUACAUUUUAUAAUGAUCAAACUCCAUCAAAUAAUAUGGGGCCAGAAGUUUGGAACAACAGUGAUUUAAAGGACACCGUGAGAGAGUGCCGCGGUGAACAUUGCCAAUUCUUUGGGUCGCCAGAAAACCAAUAUUAUUGCUCGCAGUGCUGGGCUAAUCAACAUUACCGUUAUUAAACAGCCGUCCAUAUAAUCACAUGACAAUAAUCUCAAUUUAAUAUCGUUCGGGAUAAGCUAUUAAGUAAUUUUAAAAGUAGGCAUAAUACUAGCCGUAAGAUAAAGCUUAUGAAUGUCCCACCAACAUAUCGUCGACAAUAUUACGGCAUUUUCAGUUUUGUUUCUUUGUUGCAUAUUUUCUCGUAUUUAUUAACAUUUUCUAAAACUGCAUAUCAGAUGCACAGGGUUUACGACUAACCGAUAUACGCGUUUAUUGCGACUCGCGUUCAUUAUGGCGCAUACUUCAUCGUUCCAAAUUUAUUUAAAAAAUUAUAUUUUUUGUGCUCGAGGGAACGAAGUUUUUUUUUACAAUUUUAAUGUGCCUUCUGUCCUGUAUGCGCGGAAAAACGAUGAUCUGUAUCAUCAUGAUAAAAACGUUUGCUUAUAACUGCCUCUACAAUUUGCAUACAAUGGUCGGUUAGUUAUUAAUCAAUUACAAUUUCUUUUUUGAAUUCAUAAAAGAUGAUAUGAAAACAUUAUGUUUAUAAUCUCAUUAUCCUGUGCAAUCGCUGUGCAUGUAAAACUGUGUGAAGAAUAAACAUAUUUUUAUAUA